AUGGUGCUUUGUAAAUUUUGUAGAAAAUAUGUAGAGGAAAAUAAGUUGUAAUUACAUGAAAUUUAUUGUGAAAAAUAUUUCAUUAAAUGCAAUAGAUGUGGAUAACUUUAUGAUAAAAACGAUUAAGAAUCACAUGAUGAAGAAUUUCAUAAAUAAGAAAUUUGCUAAUUUUGUCAUAUUCCUUAUUAAGAUUUAUCGUAUUUAUAUAUAAUAUCAUUUUAGAAAGCAUAUUUGUAAAGAAAGAUAAGUUCUUUGUAACUAUUGUCAAAUGGAAGUACCUUUAAAUAAUUAUUCAUAACAUGAUAUUUAUUGUUCUAGCAAAACAGAAAUUUGUGAUUAUUGCAAGUAAUAUAUAAAAAAGAGAGAUCUAAAUUCUCAUUAACAAAGCUGUCGAUAAUAAAAUAUCUAUAAGGUCUAGCAAUAGUAGGAGUAUAAAUAAAAUAGUAUUAAAAUUACAGAAUAACAGAAAGACGAAAUGAAUUAUCCUUAGUCUUAUUAGCUUCCAAACUAAAUCUAAAAUUAAGAUUUUUUAAAUUUAAUUUCAUAUCCAAAGGUUUUUGAAGAGGCUUACAAAAAUUUAGAUGUAAAGAAAUAAAUAUUUUCAUCUAAUUCUAAAGGGCCUAUUGUUUCAUAGAAUUAAAGCUAAGAUUAGUAUUAAAAUGAUUCUAAUCAUCCCUUCAAAUUUUCUUAAAAUCAAUUAUAACAAUAAUAGACUUAAUAGAAUUUGUAUGAAUAAUAAAAUAAAAAAAAUCCUAAUAUAUUAUAAUAGAAAUAGGAUGCUCAAUUCAGAACAAUACAAACUUCUUAAAAUUAAUAUGGCGUAAAUUUCUAAUAAAAUCUGAUAUAAGAUUAAUACUUAAAUAAAUAUCCAUUGAUGAAUCCAAUAAAUAAAUAAGUUUAAAAUGAAUUAUCUCCUUAUAACAAAAAUUAAAGUCAACCUAAUUAAGAUUAACAAAUGGAAGUUGAAUUUCAAUAAUAGAUAUAAUAAGAUAAUUAUAAAGAAACUGCAGUAGAUAGAAAUACUUAAAAUAAUGAAACUUAAAAUGUUAAUAAUUCUAAUGAUAGUAUAAUUGGUAGAAUAUUAUAAGAAUAAAUUGAAGCAGAUAUUCUAUAAAUGAAUUAUUCAGAAUAUAUAAAAUAAAAAAAGCUUCAAUAAAAAUUUGAAUAAUAAUAAUAAUAAUAAAAAUAAUAAUAAUAAUAAUAAAUAGGACAUCCUAAACCAAACAUCCAAAAUCUAACAAAUAAUAUUGAUACAGAAUUUGAAUAUAUGUCAUAAGAUUAGAAAUAAUUAUAAAUAUUUAUGCUUUAAAUGUAUCAAAAUUAAAUGGAUUUAAGAAGAUGA